AUGUCCUGUAGCAUCCAGGAGUUCGACCCCGCAGCUGCCGCCGAAGACCUGCAGCACCAGUAUCACCGCACGACCAAGUGUGGCGUAGCUCCGGGAAAAUUGGCACCCGAGCUUGUCAUUCUCCACGAUGUGGACGAAGCGCGGGACGUGAUAGGAGAAACAGGGUACGAAGGCGACGACGAUACACCCGGCUGGCCGUCGACGGGCAGCCUGCGGCUACACCUCGAGUCGACUGGGACGGGUUCGAUCGGGAUGCACGACAUACUGCACGGGUUCAACUACAUCAUGAAGUUCCCAAAGCUUCCAGCCUCGGAGAGAAAUAAAUGGCGACCGUCGCCUGAAACCGAGAUCCUGGUCGUAUCAUCGCCGGAAUUCAACGCCCUCGAAAUCAAAUACAGAACCCUACCUGGGUUUGUCAUCGACGAAGGCUAUGUGGCGGACCAUAAGUUCCAGAGGAGGGAGCCGGAUCCGGGAGACGGCGGGGACGACAUAAUCCGUCAAGCGCUCGCACGCUGCCAAGGUUGCUGGGAGAAAGGAUAUCACCGCCCGCAGGUCGACAUCAGCUGUAAGGCGUUUGGCGUGCCCGUGCCGGGAUACCCGAACAAUGUGUCGCAGGAAGAUAUCGAAAAGACACGGGCAUGGCUCAAUGGCGCUCCGCCUGAAGAGCCUGGGAGCGAGUUUAGUAGUACUUGA